CGAUCAUCUUCCCUCCUGUCGAUCCUUUCGAGUAUUUCGAUCAAUUUCCUGACUGUAUAAAGGCGCUUCACAAGUUCCUGCCGCGCGACAUAAACCCCUACUCCAUCUUUACCACCCUCCCCAGACAGUUCAAUACUGUCACAAUACCGCUGCAGAACUCGGAAGCUUUCUUUUUCGAUAUAAUCGAUAUCGGCCGGAUGUCUGAGAACCAAGCUGACUUUUUCCGCUGGCUCGGGGAGCGGCGGGAGGAGAGGCUGAAAGAGUUGCAUGAGCUCUGGAGUGAAGCACUGGACUCCUUCAAAGUGUUUGAUAAACUCUGUGAUGAUAAGAAUUAGCAGUUUUGAUCUGCUACAUCGCGCCCGACGGCAGCUGGCGCCGGCGUUAGACCUGAAGGAGCAAGAUCACUCCCUUCGGCAUACUCGAGCUUUGAAGAAGUUAACCGGAUAUAUGAGGAACCCUGGCUAUCAUACGAGUCAACAGAUGAGGAAUACCAUCCAAGAGACGAAAGAGACGGACUCCCAAGCCCGGGAGCCUGGCCACCAUACGAGUCAACAGAUGAAGCAUGCGAUCUGAGAGACGAAAGAGACUCGGAGCAGAGCGGACCGCCCCCCCGAAGCGAAUCGCCCUCUUCUAGAUACGCGACACCACCCGAGUACCGAACCACCUCGCCUGCGCUGACAGAUGCGUCAUAUUCUCCUGCGGGGCAGGCUCGGGAUGGGGGAGAGAAGAGCUGGGAGAGGGCCGAUGUUCCUGUGGCAGGCAGGAAGAGGAACAAGGCGAGGACAGCAGCACCCCGCCCGUCGCCAGGCCGUGUGCAGAAGAAGCCGAGGUGGAAAAAGAAGCAGAGCCCGGCUAGAGACAACCCCGACCGUGCCCGACCUGCUAUCGGCGGCAGCCUGCAACAGACAAGGCAUGAGCGAGCCGCUGACAAGAUGCUCCGGACGCUGGAGGGCAACGAGCAGACAGAAAGCCUACCGCCCGGCGGUCCCGGGGAUGGGGAUGGGGAUGGGCAGCUUUCUCCAUCGCCCCCUUCCCCCUCAGCCCUACAGCACAAGCAGCAGCAGCAGCAGCAGCAACCGAAGAGUGUGUCUCGUCACAGAGCUGGGCAGCCUCCACAAUCAGCAUCCACGGCACUUGAUGGAGUUCGUGGAGCCAAGAUAGCUAAGACUCGGAGGAAGCGUGAGCCCCGGGAACCCGAAGCUUCUUCCCGGCUGCUCUCUGCCGCCCGACAAGCGCCGUCUGGCCCGGAGCCUCCUGGCCCUCCCCGGGACGCCCUGUCAAUAACAUCUGUACGCAGGAGCCGGCGGCUGGAGGAGAAGGCGCAGGGAAGAGCAGCUACAGGUCUCGAUGUCGGGGACAGGUGGAGAGCGCGCCCGGGCCGGCAGCGGGCAGCCUGACAAGGGCGGAGCCUGGAGAACACCCAGCAGCGACCCAGCACUUAUGGACAUGUAGAGAGAGAGGGUAAGAGGGUAGGUAUCUCCUGCUAGUGGGCAGUCCUAGAGCAUCAUCACCACAGCCCCGAGCAUUCUUUCAGGCAUGGUCGUUAUCCCGGCAGGGCUGGGUGCAGCGGCGUAGUCUGGUUGAUGUGCUCUAUAGGGUUUUGGCAGGCAUGGUUGUUAUCCCGGCAGGGCUGGGUGCAGCGGCGUAGUCUGGUCGAUGUGCUCUAUAGGGGGAUUUUGGCAGGCAUGGUCGUUGUCCCCAAAGGGCUGGGUGUAGCGGCGCCGUCUGGCAAGGCCGAAGCCUGAGGUUCUCUUCAGGGUAUCAGCUUACCGUCACAUGGAAGCAAGCAAGCCAGGUCAACAGGAAGCUGGCUCGGACGGAGGCAGGCAUGCUGUCGUGACUGCAAAAUAUACGAGGUAUUGGUUCCAUCGC